AUGCGGGUGUGCAGCAGCCCUGGUGAAGCGGGUGCUCAUCACUGGCCAGGGAGGCACCGUCGUUCGGGCAGCCUCGACUUGUCGCAACUAAAGGUCAAGCUGGCACGUGAGAAGGCCCUGGUAUGCAAAGGAACAUGGCGACACGCAGUUUGCUUCAGGCUCCAAGCUUGGGCGGAGCAGGCAUUCGGCAAGGACAGCGAGCAGCUGUUCCAAGGCGAGGUGCUUGCAUGGGAUGGCUCAUGGCAGAAGACGGAGGUCCACGAAGAGGAGCGAUUUGCAGGGCUGUGCAGAGCUGCCAGACUUGCCGGGCGGCGAAGCCGAGGAUACUGA